GGCGUGAACUGCCGUCUGAUUGGUUCGUAAUGGAUUUCAUGAAGUGUCUGUGCAUGUUCACGCCGCAAUAAAAAUCGGCGCUGCAGUGAAAACGGACCAUACUGGAAAUUAGUGAUAUUCAGUCUCAAAAUUUGCUCAACAACACUGGGAAGAUGAAUAUAGGAAGCUGGGCUCUCCUCCUCCUAUGUGUGCUCCACCUUCAUUUCGGCCACACUCAGCCACCGCCAAAGCUGACGCUGAAGGACAUGCCUGUGAUGGCGACGAACCAGCUGAAGAUCACAGGCAUACCCAAGCUUAACGCCAAGAGGUUCAACAUCAAUAUUGGCCUCGGGGAGGAAAACAUUGCCCUGCAGUUUGACGUGCGCUUUGAAUUCAACAAUGACCGCAACACCACAGUCUUCUGCUACAAGCAGAAUAACAGCACCUGGACCAAUCUUGUGAAGGAUGGACAUUUUCCCUUUGAGAAAGGGGAGGAGUUCAAGGUAACAAUCACCUUCGAUAAAGAUGAAUUUCUUGUCAAGAUACCUGGUAACUACAUUAAAUCAUACCCCAAUCAUUUUGGGGCCGAGAAGUUCAUGCUCGUCAGAGUACAGGGGGAUGUCAGAAUCAAGAGCUUCAACAUUGAAUAAGCAAGUCUACAGGCACUGGAUCUGCCCUGUCUGGCUGCUGAUUGGCUGUGAUCUGUGCCCUAUCCUCAAUGAAGCUUAACCAUGAUGCUUAUUGUUAACCCCGCUAAUGCAGUAGUGACUAUACUACGUGCUCCUUCUUGCUAUAUGCUUCUGUUUGAACAAACCUGUACAACUUCCCCAGCUUCUGAAGAUAUUAACUUGAAAAUAUGAUUUUUUUGACAUUUCAGAUGUUUUAAUAAAUCUCACUGCAUUUUG